AUCAGGACAGCCAUGCUGCAGCAGGUGGCCCUCGCUGUGGGGCUCAUCGUGCUGGGCACCCACGUCUGCAGCAGCACCUUUGUGGACAUCGAUAAGAACAUGCCGCCGUUCACCGUCUGCGUGGAGUUCGCCGUGUUCCAGUUCAACGAGCAGCAGGAGGAUGAGUUCGCCUACAAGUUCCUGCGUGUCCGGCGCAGUCAGCGCCAGGUGAGCACUUCCGUGCAGUCAGCACCCCUGAACAAGACUGCUUCCAGCUUCUCGGACCUGCCCUGUGUUCCCAUCCGGGGACUCCCCCGUUGGGACAGUACUGAUCUUACACUCAGAGACCCUGGUCCCACCGAGUUCCUGCCCCGUGGAGAGGGGACCACUCAGGACGUGCGCUGGCUGAUGCCGCUCAGGCGCAGGUGUGGGCAGAAGUUGACUUGGAUAUACUUAAUGGACGUGGAGAUGGGCCGCACGAUUUGUAAAAAACAUGACGAAGACAUUGACAAUUGUCCGUUGCAAGAAGGCGAAGGAGAGAAAAUGGUUCGAUGCACUUUUAUUGUGGACGCCAAACCUUGGAAUUUUCAGUACACCAUCCUGAAGAGCAACUGCACAAAAAACUAGGGGGAGGAAGCCCGGGCAUUUCCGGUGAAGAGGCUGUUUCCUCUGGAGCUGGCAGACUGUGGUCCUCGGUGUGUGGCCGGUGGAAUUAAAGCAUCUCAGCAC